AUGAACAAAGGAGACAACGCGUGGCAACUCACGGCGGCAACUCUUGUGGGUCUUCAAAGUGUACCAGGCCUUGUGAUCCUUUAUGGCAGUAUCGUGAAAAAGAAAUGGGCUGUGAACUCGGCAUUCAUGGCCUUAUACGCCUUCGCCUCGGUGCUCGUGUGCUGGGUGGGCUGGGGCUACCAAAUGUCAUUCGGAGACAAAAUGAUUCCUUUCCUUGGCAGGCCUGAUGUUUCCUUGGACCAAAAGUUUCUUUUGGACCGAGCCUUUCUUGGGUACUUGCCUAAUGCGACCAUGGUUUAUUUCCAGUUUGUGUUUGCUGCGAUCACCUUGAUUUUGGUUGCUGGGGCGUUGCUGGGAAGGAUGAAUUUUCAUGCGUGGAUGCUGUUUGUACCACUGUGGCUUACCUUCUCUUACACUAUCACUGCUUAUAGUAUAUGGUGCCCAUCUGGUUGGUUAGCUAAGCGAGGGAUCAUUGAUUACUCUGGAGGAUAUGUCAUUCACCUUUCAUCCGGCGUUGCUGGUUUUACUGCAGCUUAUUGGGUGGGACCAAGGACAAACAAGGACAGAGAAAGGUUCCCACCAAACAACAUUAUACUGAUGUUGGCAGGUGCUGGGCUGCUUUGGAUGGGAUGGAGUGGUUUCAACGGCGGUGAUCCUUACACUGUCAGCACAGACGCAUCUCUGGCCGUUCUUAACACUCAUGUCUGCACCGCCACCAGUUUGUUGACCUGGCUCCUUCUUGACAUCCUUUUCUUCGGAAAGCCCUCUGUCAUUGGAGCCACACAAGGCAUGAUCACUGGUCUGGUUUGCAUCACCCCUGCUGCAGGAGUUGUGCAAGGUUGGGCUGCAAUCCUAAUGGGAGUAAUGUCUGGUAGCAUCCCAUGGUACACUAUGAUGGUCCUGCACAAGAAAUUGUGGCUCCUCAAACAAGUCGAUGACACCAUGGCAGUUUUCCACACCCAUGCUGUUGCAGGGAGCUUGGGAGGCAUCCUGACAGGCUUCUUUGCGCAUCCUAAGCUCAACCGAAUCUUUUACUUGGUGCCUGACUGGCAGCACUACAUAGGACUUGCCUAUGGCCUGCAAAUGGGCAGGGCCACUGCAGGAUUCAAGCAAAUGGGCAUUCAGUUGCUAGGAAUUCUCUUUGUGGUUUCUCUUAACGUUUUUGUCACUAGUAUUAUAUGCUUGUUGAUUAGGAUUGUAGUUCCGUUAAGAUUGUCUGAUGAGGAAUUGCAAACCGGUGAUGAUGCCAUCCAUGGAGAAGAGGCCUAUGCAUUGUGGGGUGAUGGGGAGAAGUACGAGUCCAGGCAUAAUUCAGCUUAUGGUGUUGAAGAGUUCCCUCAAGAUGUACCCAAAGGUGGUCAAGUGGAGAUGGCUUGAUUUGGCCGUGCUUAUCUGCCAAGCACAGAACACGACACUGAUAAUAUGACAGGGUACUGUGGGGUUCCAACCUUGAAAGUCUCCCCUCUUUUUUCUCCAUGUUGCUGUGUUUUUACAUUUCUUUUUUUUCUUUGAUGGAUUCUUAAUUGGGGGUCGAGUGAUAAAUAUGACUUGGAUGUACUCAUUGCUUCAAAUAAGAGCUUGAAUGACAUGGGAUUUC